AUGUGCAUGUUUACGUGUAUGCAUGAAUCUGUGCGGGCACAAGAAUAGGGAUGUUUGGGAGAAAUCUCAGGGAGGGAGAUGCAUUGAUACCAUGCAUUGAAGCAACAUUGGCAUUUGGUAUCCAAUACAUGACCUGCAUGAGGAUAUAGCAUUGGGGGCUUCAGAUUAAAAAGUUAUCCAAUUUAAUUUCAUCCCAUGAAAGCUUUAUGCUUUAUGUCUUUAGUCCAAAAUCCAGACUUGCUGUCAUCACCCUUUAUCGCUUGCAUAGUUGUCCACUAACCUCAUUUUUAAGGAAUCAAGAAACCUUCUUUAUAUCCUUCUUUUAAUCACCCCUUUUAAACUAAUGUAAAGUGUUUCCUGGGAGUUCAGUCUGUGUGCUUCUGAGGCCGCAGUGCAGCAUGGGGUUUUAUGUCGGCGGACCAAAACUAGCUGAAACCAGUUUGAGGCAGAUGGAGGGGCUGAUGGGAACAAUGCUGUCUCUGUGCUCCACUGAGGUAUAAGCAGUAUUACACUCUAACUCCAUGGCGGCCCCUCGGAUCUUGGCCAUCGGCUACAGAGGCAUGGGCAUCGUCAACGGCAAGCUCUGCUGCAAUGACUCGCAGCAAAGGGAGCAGGGAGAUUUGGGAAGGGACAAAGUGGGGUGGGGGUGGCUGCCUGGAAGUCUGUGAAUCUGCAGCCCACACACACACGCACAGGAGCAUGAUCUAUGUGUCUUAUUUGUAUGUCUGUGUGCUGCUAGUGCUUCAGAGAAUGACAAAAGAGGACCACCAGCACUUAGCACAACGUCGGAUGUAACCUGACCUUCAAUUCUGGGCCUUUUGCGAAGAAGCUGAUUUUUUUCUCUCCAGGCAGGGUGGGGUGGCAUUGCUUUUUAAGGGUUUAGUAGUGUUGUGAACAUGUUUGUUGUAGGAUGGAAAAAAGGACAGGAGGAAGGUUCGACUAGUGGCUGGAGAGGGACGAGACAAGGAGAGAGGGUGACAUCCUCAUCGAAGCAGGGAAAGGAACAUGGGCGAUAUGAAGACGCCAGACUUUGAUGACCUCCUGGCAGCCUUCGACAUCCCUGACAUGGUGGAUCCUAAAGCUGCAAUUGAAUCUGGCCACCAAGAAGAUGACAAGGUCAAGCAAGCAAAGUGUGGCGUGUCUACAGCUGAAGAUGAGGCCCACAAUACCACGACGGGACAGGAUGUUGGUGUCAGUGUCAUCGUCAAGAAUAUUCGAAACAUGGAUACAAAUCAUCCAAUUGGAAAUCUUUCAGAGAAGGAUGUGCUGCUCCAAUCCCAAUCCCAUUCUAGGAGAAUUGGCAGUCAACUUCAAAAUGGAUCCCUGCCUUCCAUGCCAGCGAGUGUUCGUUACGCCAAAAAUGUAUGGAAAACUUCCAGGGAGGAUGGACAGACAGUAGGUAAUCAAUUUAGCCCUAUCUCCAGUGCGGAGGAGCUUGAAGAAGAGGAUACAAUUGAGGUAAAUUAUCCAUCUGACAAAAGGGGUAGUCGGUCAGUUCUCAAGUCCACCACAAAGAAAUCUCCUGCAUCGGUGGUGAAAGCUUCUAAGACCAAAGCAAAAGGCUUAAAGCCAGAUCAGAACAACAACCAAAAUAUCCCUCUGGAAGGUUCAAUUUUCAGUCAUACCUACCAGUCUAGUUCUCCCGAAGACGAGCGUAAGGAAACUCUUCACAGAGGCAAAGACAGCAAAGAGACUAAUGGGCAAACAACGCAAAUCAAAUCCAAGUCCUCUGCAAAACUUUCCUCCUGUAUUGCAGCAAUUGCCGCUCUGAGUGCUAAAAAGGCAAGCCCUACAAACUCCCAUGCAUUCGAUUCUCCUGUUACACAGAUGGAAUCUAACCAAGACAAUGAAAAUUUCAGAGCUCCAGGAAAGAUAUGUGAGCAGGAAUCAGCCUUGGAGUUGGCAAAGCGACUGCUAUCAGGACAACCACAGAGUCCAUCUAGUGUCAACAGUGAGAGUAGCAGCAAAGGUUCACCUGCCUCAAGCACAGACACCACGCCAGUAAUCCCAAAAGUCAGGAUAAAAACAAUCAAGACCUCUUCUGGACAGAUCAAGCGUACUGUCACGCGGGUCCUCCCAGACUUGGAAUUCGAGACAAUGAAAAAAGGGGGAAAUUCCAGUGGCCCAACAAUAGUGGCUACCACUGGCGCGUUUUUCUCAUCUCCUGCAGGGUCUUCUUUGCCAACUAAGGUUGUAGCCACCUGUGGGGGUCCUUCAAUUGAAAUAACCAAGCAAAUGACAAUUAAACCAGUAGCAACAGCCUUCCUUCCAGUCUCAGCAGUAAAGACAGCUGGUUCCCAAGUUAUCAACCUGAAACUGGCUAAUAACACUACAGUUAAAGCAACCGUUAUUCCUGCUGCCUCAGUGCAAAGUGCCAGCAAUGCCAUCCUUAAAGCGGCAAAUGCCAUGCAACAACAGACAGUCAUGGUCCCUGCCUCCAGUCUGACUAAUGCUAAACUAGUACCAAAGGCAGUCCAUCUCAGUAAUCUCAGUCUUCUGCCGCAAAACGUAUCCCCUGCUCAUCAUGAUAUCCAACAAGCAAAGUCCUCCCCCAAGCAAUCACAACAACUUAAACAGCAAGCACUUUUCAAUGGUCAGCACUCGAAGAAGCUCUCCAGGGUUCAAGUCAUAACCAACUCUCAUAGCUCUGUAGUUGACGCUUUCAAUAAAGUCCUGAGUAGCAUAAAUCCUGUUCCUGUGUAUAUCCCAAACCUUUCUCCACCAACCUCAGCCUGUAUUUCACUCCCAUCUCGUGGCUACAAGUGCUUAGAGUGUGGUGACUCAUUUGCUCUUGAAAAGAGCCUGAGUCAACAUUAUGGGCGUCGUAGUGUGCGGAUUGAAGUUACCUGCAAUCACUGUUCAAAAAGUCUUGUAUUUUACAACAAGUGCAGCCUGCUGUCUCAUGCCAGGGGCCACAAGGACAAAGGAGUUGUCAUGCAGUGCUCACACCUAAUCUUAAAACCCAUCCCUGCAGACCAGAUGAUAACAGCACCGACCUGUUACGGACCACCCUCUAUCACAGAUAGCAUCUCCACUUCUGAUGCACAGGCGUUACCUGCUCAAAUCACAGGAAAAGCUCCAAGUGGUGCAUCGAAAAGUACAGUGAUUUCAGCUCCAAGCAGCUCCCCUCUUGAGGCAGCUAUGCCAUUGGAGGAUGAUGCAUCCAAGCUCUGUAGGCACAGCCUGAAGUGUUUGGAAUGUAAUGAAAUAUUCCAGGAUGACAGCUCACUAGCUAUGCAUUAUCAACAAGUUCUGGAGACCAGUGGGCAGAAAACCUGCACUAUCUGCCAAAUGCUUCUUCCAAACCAGUGCAGUUUUCUGUCGCAUCAAGGAAUCCAUCAGCACAAGUCUCCUUACAUCUGCCCAGAGUGUGGCGCAAGUUGUCGUUCUGUCCACUUCCAAUCUCACGUCACCAAGAACUGCCUGCACUACACGCGUAGAGUCGGCUACCGAUGUAUCCACUGUAGUGUGAUCUUCUCUGAUGUUGCCACUUUGAAGUCGCACAUCCAGACUACACACUGUGAGGUCUUCUAUAAAUGUCCGCUUUGUCCCAUGGCCUUCAAGUCUGCACCAGCAACACACUCCCAUGCGUACACACAGCAUCCUGGACUGAAAGCAGGAGAGCCUAAGCUUAUAUACAAGUGUUCCAUGUGUGAUACUGUGUUCACUCUGCAGUCUCUGCUCUACACACACUUUGACCAGCAUGUUGUCAAUCAUAAAGUUCCUGUGUUCAAAUGCCCCGACUGCUCCAUGCACUACGCACAGAAACAGCUCAUGCUGGACCAUAUAAAGGCCAUUCAUGGAACUUUGAAGACCAUUGAGGGUCCACCAAACUUGGGGAUCAACCUCCCUCUCAGUGCCAAACCUACAAAUUUAAACAGCACCACCAAUAAUGGCCCCAGUAAUAACAACAACAACAAAGAUGGUGGAAACAACAAUGGACAAAACAAAGGCAUCACGAUGGCUGCUCCUUCAUCACCCAAAAAAAACAACAACAAAAACAGCUCGGGGGUGGUUAAGAACCAUAAUGGUUCAGGGUAUACAUGUCCAGAGUGCAACAGCAUCUUCAGUGGCAGAGAGGUCUUUUUGAACCACAUGAGAAGAGAGCAUGGCAAGAUAUUGAAGAAGCACCCGUGCCGACAGUGCGACAACUCCUUCAGUUCGACCCACAGUCUUUGCCGACACAACCGCCUCAAACACAAGGGGGUACGAAAAGUCUACGCCUGCCCGCACUGCCCGGCUCUCAGUCAGCCCUUCACCAGAAGAGUGCUGCUGGAUCAGCACAUUCAGUUGAUGCAUGGAGCUUCAGAAAAGGCUGCCAGCUCGGAUCCCACGGACAAUUUGCCGGAGAAGAAAAUGAUUGUGAGCCCCAAGAGAAAAAAUGAUGCAGAAGCGGAGGUGUCUCCAGGGUUAAACCCCCGGGGUUUAGACUCGCAGCCUUUGAAGAGGCUCAAAGUAAACAUCCCCAAAGUUCACAGAUGUGCCGUCUGCGGUUUUACCACCGAAGACGUCGCCGCAUUCCACAAGCACAUCCCCCAGCACAAGUCGGACCACUCGUCCUACCAGUGCCAGGAGUGCGGACUGUGCUACACCUCCCCCCGCUCAAAGGCACGCCACCUCUUCAUUGUCCAUCGUCUGAAGGAGCCGCAAGGCCUCGCCCGAUACAGGGGUAAGGACGAUGACGAGAACCAGAGGGAGAACCACGUGGACAUUACAGCAGGGGACGAUGACGGGACGCUAAACACCAAAUGUAAAGUGUGUGGGAAACUGUUCGAGACAGAGGGCAACCUGAACACCCACAUGAGGACACAUGGUAUGGCAUUCAUUAAUGCCAAAAGACUCAGUUUGGCUGAGAAGUGAAUCCUCGCCACCAUAAUUAAAACUGUCGGAUUCACUUAAUAUACAGUAGUUGUACAGUAUCUAUUGGCUGGGGUCCUAUUGUACACAAUUACUACAUUAAAUAUAAUGUCCCAUGUAAAAUACACAACAGUGGGGAAAAUAACUAUUUGAUCCUCUGCUGAUCUUAACUUUACCACCUGACAAAGACUAUUUUUAUGGGCGAUUUACUGUAGCAAAGAGAUACAGUUGUAAAAAUUUAUUGAAAAAAUAACAUUACAUAAAGGUUAUAAAUUAAUUAGUAUUUGACUGAUGUGGCUUAGUACAUGGUGGAAAUACGCUUGUUGGUAAGCACAGAGGUUGUCACCUGGGUUGCACACAUCUCAGGAGAGGCGCCAUGUUUGACUGUAGAAAUGAUGUUGGGGUUUUCAGUAUUUCUCUGCUUCCAAACACUUUGAGUCAAGAUAAUGCCAAAGAGCUCCGUUUUGUUCACAUCUGACUACAGUCUAUUCUCCCAAACCUUGUCUGAGUCAUUCCGGUGUUCAUUGGCAAACUUCGGGCCAAGGCUGGCCUGUACAAGUGCCUUCUUGAGCAGGGGGGACCUUUCAGGCACUAGAAGAUCUGUAUCCAUCACAGCCAAAAGUGUUACUAAUGGUUUUCUUGGUGACUGUGGUCCCAAAACCCUUGAUCAUUAACCGGCUCUUAGACUGCAAUUUUGGGCUGGCCCUUCACCUUUCUCAGAAUGAUCAUUACCUCAUGAGGUGAAAUCUUGCUUGGAGUUGAAGAGCGAGGGUGACUGACCAUGAUCUUUUAUUUGUACCAUUUCCAAAUGAUUGUGCCAAUAGUGGUCUUUCUCACCAAGCUUCUUGUUGAUGGUCUUGUAGCCCAUUUCAGUCGUGUACAGGUGUACAAUCUUGUGCCUGAGGUCCUCUGACAGCUCUUUGGUCUUGCCUAUUGUGGUGGAAAGGUUUGAAUUUAAAGGGACUAAAGGGACAUGACUCAUUUUCUGUGCUUCACAGGCACAUAAACGGUCUGUGGAGGCCAGAAUGCUUGUUGGCAGUGAGGUGCUCAAAUACUUGUACUUAACAUUUAACUGUAACUCUCUCGAUUACAGUAAACCACCCAUAAAAGUCGGGGUUCAAGCACUCAUUUUCCUACUGUCUUUGAAAGUCACUUUGUGUUUUUAAUUGAACAAAAAUAGUUUUUGUACUACAUGUUUCUAAAAACUUGGAACUUUUUUUAUAGAAGAGCUUUUUUAUUUAUUUUUCAUUUGUUGUGUAGAGCUACAGUACAUAAUGUAUAACUAUAUACAGUACAUAAUGUAUAACUAUAUUGUACGGUUGUUGUGAGAUAAGAUUUAGGCCUUUUCUAAAGGCCCAUGUCCACACAAAUAUGGGUAUUUUUAAAAACACUGCAGGGGUGGAAAGAAUAUUUAUUGUCAUUGUAAUAGGUACAAAAUGGAAGCUGCAAUCUCCUUAAGUGGUGUAUAAAAGUAUAUCAGACAAUAAUUUUUUUUUAAAACUCACACUAAUGAAUGCCAUAAUGCUAAAAAUGUUAUGACAGACCACCUCAAAAAACGGAAUUGAAUUUUACAGGUUUUUACAAAAUAAGACACCCAGAAUGCACAUGAAUAAAGGAUGUGGGAUUUACAAUAUGAAGAAUGAACUCUAAAACACUGAAUACCAGGAGUAUGUGAAUGCACCUCAUUUACUUCCCAGACGACCUCCUCAGCAUGCUUUCCAAUUAAGCAAAAAACAACAAAAUACAACACACAACACAGUAAAACUUGAAAGCAAGGAGUAAAAAAUACAGAUGUAAGGUAAAAUGUAAUCACUACUCUUUGGAGUAUUUUCAAUAGUUCAAGACAUAGCUACAGCUUUGAUGUUAAAGGUUUUUUUUUUUAAAUGCAGAAACAUCCGGCAGGCCGCAUUAAAAUGCUUAACGGGCCGGAUUUGGCCCGUGGGCCGCAGUUUGCCGAGUUCAGCUGCAGGCAACUGAAUUUUCUAUGAGUUGUAGACUUUUGGAACAUACACACGCUGUGUUUCUGGUAACUGAACAUUUUUUUUGUUUUAAAAAUACCUGCGUAUGUGUGGACUUGGCCUCACAUACUCAUAAUUAUUCUGUUCAUUCGUACUCUGGAGAAUGUAAACUGGACUGUUACUCUUAACUACUGCGGCACGGCUCAGGUGGUAGAGUGGUUGUCUCCCAACCUGAAGCUUGCUGGUUCGAUCCUCAGUCCUCCUGUGAUCAUGUCGAAGUAUCCUUGGGCAAGAUACUGAACCCCCAUUUGCUCCUGAUGCUGCAUCAUCAGUAGCUAAAUGUGCUAACAGUGUCAGAGCGCUUUGAGUGCCUUGGAGGUGGAAAAGCGCUAUACAAGUGAAAGACCAGUUACCAUAAGAAAAUCAGUAAGUUAAGAGGCAUUGAAAGACGCAGCUUUCCAUUCACAAUAACAGGCAUAUAUACGGUACCUAAAAGCUGUAGGGUAGCUAGAAGCUACUUAGACAAUAAGGCUUUGUCUCUUGCUGUAAAACUGCAUGCGAAAAGCAGUCUGUGUAUUGCUGAGUAGAAUGUUGUCUUUGCUGCUGCUGCUGAAUGAGUGCUGAUCUUCACAUCAAUAAAAUGUGAAAGUAUCUAAAUAAGCUUUAAG